AUGGCUGCGGCAGCCAAGGGCACACAACACAAGCCUCGCCCAGAUGUCUCCCACACUUUGGACCGAGAGAAGGCCGCUGCACCUCCACCUCGAGAGGACACGCGCCGACGCCGGGCACAAGUGGAGGAACUGACGCUUCCCGCAAACUCACAAAGCAACACUUCAACGACGAUCCCCGAACAACCAGCCCAGGCACAAACAGAGGCGGACACAAAGCCGGCGCGCAGUGUGGCUCGAGGCGGCACAACUGCCAACCCAUCCUCCGAUCGCUCAAUCUUCGCCGCCUCGCUCAAUGGCGCACCGCCCCAGCGCCGGCGCGAGCCUCGCGUGAUUGCGGACCAAGCGUCUGACCCUCAUCUGGCUACCGGGACGCCACGCUUGGAGCGAGCAGAUGCACCCCCACCCGAGCCCGAGCCCGAGCUCGGAUCUCGGCCCCGCACCCGCAGCGUUCACUUUCAUUUCUCAGACCACCUUGAGGAGGAGAGCGAGACCGAUCCCUCUCCAUUGCAGACCUCGGCUACCCCUACACGUGCUUCUGCUUCCCAUGAAAAGCCCGACCCCGAAGCAAGUGUCCCGUCUGCAGCACCAAGCCGUCACUCUAGCUCUAGCCGCGCCUCGUAUGCUCGCGGUGCACGAUCUAGUGUGGGUAUGGAUGUUGAAGAGGAAAGUCCUUUUGCUCGGGUGCGACCCAGCCAAAAGCGGCAAGUUCGCCUCCCUGUGGACGAGGCCCAUGAGGACGAGGGAGCCACUGGCGACACUGGACGCAUCGUCACACGACAUGAGCCCUCCUCAUCCGUCAGCCACCACCAGGCAGACAUUGACAAGGACACCCUGCCGCGGGCUCAUCGAGUCCCUUACGAGUCGAUCUCGAGCGAGCACAUGCUGGAAGAUUCGGGAUUUGAAGUCCGGGAGCGAUCCACACUCAUCAAUCCCCAUGAUUCGGGCUUUGGCGAGGAGACUUCACCUGAACGUGGCGCCGACGUGGGUCGUUCAGCCCUGAAAUAUGGCUACAGUAUCAAACAAAAUCAGUCCUCCCCAAGCAUCCGGCCGACUCAGGCCUCGCCCCCCGGCUCACCGGUCGCAUCCGACCGUCGGCGCGUUUCGUACGGAGAACCCGCCUCCCAUGGUUCCCGGCGGGCCUCGGUCAGCGAGAUGGAGCGCGGUCGCACGCUGGGGUCCCUAACGCGACCAGGUGGAGGCCGUCGCGAGCGAUCACCGCUAGCCCACGAUUAUCGCAGCCGUUCACCCAGCCCUGGUGCGGUACUGCCGCUGCGCUAUGGGUCGCGUACGGCCACACCCUUGAGUCAGCUGAGCACGAGCGCAACCAAACCUUUGACAACUCAGCACUCAUCAUCCACAACACGCGAGUCGCAUUUGAGUCGCCACGCCUCGCGUCAACUUUCAGAGUCGGAUCCGGACUUUGCCCUGCUCAACCGUCUACGCGCGCUCGGAGCCUCACCGGAAGAAAUUCGGCUCCACGAGCACGAGCUCAAACGAAUCCGCCAGCUGGAAAAGCGUGGCAUGGGAGGCAGCCGACACCGGGUACUGAAGUACUCGGAGACGUUGUCCAUGGAGGAACGUUAG